AUGACAGAUGAAAAUACCUUAAAAACCACUAAAACUUCCUUAAAAGGUCAGUUAACGAGAUUUUUUAAUUUUAUAAAAGAUGUAGAGUCAGGUAAAGCAAACAAAGGUCAGUUAGAAUGCAGACUAGCAGUAGCAAAAGAUUUAUUGUCAGACUUUAACUCCGUAAUGGUUCAGCUUAUGGUAUUAGAUUUAGAUGAGACAAAAAAUAAAAGUAAGGAAUAUGAAGCUGAACUAGAAGAAUAUGAAAAGAAGUUUUUUGAUUGUAUAUCAAAAGCGGAUAUUUUAAUAAAAAAACAGACAUUUAAUCAACAAGCAGACACAAUAAAUACAAGUUGUAGUUCACAGUUACAAGCUUCACAAGACAUAAGGUUACCUUGUAUUGAUCUUCCAAGGUUCAGUGGGGCCUCAGAAAAUGGGGGUGCAGAAAAUGGGAGCUCAUGGCUUGAGUUUUAUGACGGGUUCACUAGUUUAAUUGGCAAUGAUCCUAAUUUAAGUAACAUUAAAAAAUUUUAUUAUCUCAAAUCUUGUUUGACAGACAGUGCGGCAGCAGUGAUUUCCUCUUUGGAGGUUACGAAUGAAAAUUAUACGAUUGCUUGGUCGAUCUUAACAGAUAGAUUUCAAAAUGAUAAACUCAUAGUACAUUCUCAUGUUCGGGCGUUAUUUGAGUUAUCCGUGAUACAAAAAGAAUCACCUUCUCAGCUGAGAAAACUGAUUGAUGAGGUAAAUAAAAAUAUAAGGGUAUUAGAAUCAUUUAAACAACCUGUAAAGGAGUGGUCAACAAUGUUAAUAUAUUUAAUAACUUCUAAGUUAGACAAUAACACAAGACGUCAGUGGGAAUCGGAGAAUAUAAGCAAAAAGGCACUUCCAACAAUUGAAGAAUUUUUAAGUUUUUUAGGUCAGCGUUCUCGUCUUUUAGAAACUCUUUAUGCAAAUAAUGAUAAACAAACACAUGGUACAAACCAUAAAAAUAAUAAUCAACCACAUAACAAAAAUAAAGUACAAUCAUUUGUAAAUCAAACUAAUCAGAAUUUUAAAUGUCUUUAUUGUAAAGAAUCACACUCAAUUUUUUAUUGUAAUAAGUUUCUACAAUUAUCCGUAAAACAAAGAAAUGUUGAAGUACAAAAAAUGAAAUUAUGCACAAACUGUUUAAGAGGAAAUCAUUCAAUAGAGAAGUGUGUAUCAACCAGAGGUUGUAAAUUUUGCACGAGAAGGCACAACUCGUUGUUACAUUACUCAAAUUCUAGAUUUCAAACAGAUCAGCAACAAAGCCACAUCAAUAUGAACCAAGAAUCAGAAUCAUUUGGGAACUCAAUGAAUCAGCACAACCAGGUAAAUACAGUACAGAUUAAUUUAGCGCAGCCAUCAACAUCAGUAGUUCUAAAUUCAAGCGCCAAUCAUCAAUCAGAAGUUUUAUUAGCAACAGCAGUUAUACAUAUUUUUGACCAGUCAGGUAAUACAUUUGAAGCAAGGGCAUUACUUGAUUCAGGAUCACAAUCAAAUUUUAUCACAGCAGAUCUUUGCAAAAAAUUGAAACUUGAUAAGUCAUGUAUAAAUAUACCAGUAUCAGGUAUAAAUGACAAAAUAACUCAUAUAAACCAUUCAGUGACUACAAAUAUUAAGUCUCGAGUAAAUGCAUAUCAGAUUGAAAGUUCUUUCUUAGUUAUAGAUAAAAUUACAGAAACAUUACCUACAGUCAAUCUUAACAGAAAUGAAUUUACUAUACCAGAAAAUCCAGGGUAUUUCAAGGCUGGCGGUAUGUUGCAGAAUACACAAGUGUAUGGCAAAUAA